AUGGCAAAGCCUUCAACGUGGGUGAUGACGGUGCGCCAUUUCUACAAAACCACGACGCUACACGGCUUCAAAUAUUUGGGUUCUAAAUUCUUUUCAGAUCGAGUGGGAUGGCUGUUGUGCUGCUGCGCGAGCGCGUGCUGUGCGGGCGUGUUGUGCGCUGUGCUGUGGGCUCGUUUCACGCAGGUGCCGGCGUUGAUAACGCUGCGCGACCUACUUGCUGAGCCCCAGGUGCUGCGCCUCUCCAACAUCGCCUUCUGCCCCGCCGCCGGCAACAUCGCUUACUUGUUUCAACAGAACUUAGUUACAGACAACGCAACACGAACGCGACUGCCGGCGAUACUGUCGCUGGUGCUGCGCAGGAAGCCGUUGACUGACAGCCAGGCGGAGUUGCUGGAGGGCGCGCUGAACGUCAACAAUCUGACGCUGGUGGGGGCGUUGACGCGGCUGAUGCCCCCCUGCUCUCGCAUCAUCAGGAACUGCCGCUGGCUAACGAUGACACUGCCCUGCGGUGACAUCUUCCAGCAGGAGCUGACGCAGUGGGGCCUCUGCUGUGUCAUGCGCCCCAACGAAAUCCAACUGUCAUCACUUUUAACUACCCGCUUCACGACCUCAAGGCGGCUGAUAACCGGCAUGCAGUUCUCGGACCACAGUCGCGUCUAUGGCUGUGAGUUUUUCACAAAAUACCCGGGCGAAGAGUGGGUGGAGCCAGUUCCCCUAACUCCAGGCUACAACUACAUAGGCUCGCUGACGUCCACCUCCAUAGUGGACAGCGACGCCGACAAGCUCGUCAACAACCGCUGUGUCUACAAGGACCACUACACCAGGAGCAACUGCAUGAUAAAAUGCAAAGAAAAGUUGUGCGGCUGCGCUGAUCCUCUGCAAAGCAACGAGGACAACGAGACGAGCGGCCUACCCACAUGCUCUAUACCAAACCUCAACUGCUUGCGGACUUACAAGGAUGAUAAUUUAAGUUGCAACUGCCUGCCUUCCUGCAGAAGAGUAUCAACGGACUUAUCCCUCGAAUUCAGUCCCAUGAAUGCCUUCGAACAUGUUUACGACAACGUUUACGAGGGUCUGAACGCCAGCCAGGCGGUGGUGCUGAGUCUGCACAUCAAGAUCACUGAUUCCAAGAAAUUCGUCGUGAACCCAACAGAGACUUGGAUCACUUUGUUAUCGUCUCUCGGCGGUGUGUUCAACAUGUUCCUGGGUGUGGGAUUGUUCAGCGCGCUGGAGCUGCUCUUCCUCAUCUUUGUCAAGUUGCCGAUAGCUUUGAGGAAAUCCAAGAAGUUGCCACCACUAAAAUAA